GGGUCAUAAAAGGAGGUGUCUGAGGAUAUUUUCUGGAAACGGGAAAAGAAGAAAGUCAUUAUUGACAGCCUCACAGCAGCAAAGCUCACGAUCUAAAGAGCAUCUUUCAAGACACUCUUAACCCCGUUUUCGUGGCACUGACACUUCCUCCCGGGACAAUGCAAAUUAAUCAUUCUGUUCUGGCUCUUUGCAUUAUUGGCGCAGUAGUCCUGUGUCCAACCAGCACACAAACCACUGCUGGGCUACCAACCACUCCCACACCUGCACCAGCCACCAGUACUACAGCUGCACCACCCACCGGUUCUACAGCUGCACCAGCCAUCAGUACUACAGCUGCACCACCCACCGGUUCUACACCUGCACCACCCACCGGUUCUACACCUGCACCUACCACAACAGGCACAACAACCACCACUGCCACCACCACUACAAAUGCACCUGCUACCACUGAGCCCGUGGGGGGAGGUUCGUCUGGGCUCUCAUCUGGGGCUAUAGCCGGUAUUACCAUCGGCUCCAUCGCUGGGGUGGCUGCUGUUGGUGGCGGUAUCUUUGGCGCCCUGAAGUACACUGGAAAGAUCUGAGACCAAUUAUUUCCCAGCGAGGGUAUAAAUGGUGAUAGAGUGUGAGCACAAACAAUUGCCAUCCUAAAGGCAAACAAUCAAAUCCUGACCCUGUUAACUGGACAAUGAAAAAUCCUACUGUACUGUCUGAAAGGCUCAUAUCAGAAUACGUGUAAAAAAAAUGAAGGAAAAUUAAAUGUUCAUGAUGUGAUGACGAUGUCAUGGGCCAAGAGGAAGACAGAAAAGUACAUUUUGCUAUUUUAAUUAUCUGGCUGUAGGUCAGGAAAUAAUCUUUAGUUGAUCAAAACACUUUUUGUUGCAUAUUUUAUAAUAUAUUUGUGGGGUUUUUUUCUGUUAUUGGGUUGGGUGUAAUUAUCAGGAGGUUGGUUUAAAAAAAAAAAAAUCCUUCACCUCUGAUAACUAUUUCAACAUGUAGGGUGGUUUUAGUUUAACGAUAAUUAGCUAGAUUUUGUAAUAAGUAAUUUUUUUUUACAGCAGUCGAUGAGUGUGUGUGUGUGUGUGUAUGUGUGUGUGUGUGUGUGUGUGUGUGUGUGUGUGUGUGAAGUUGGAAGAUAAAAAGGCUUUGAAAUCAUUCAAUGUACAUUUAAUAAAUAACUAUUUCCCCA